AUGGCGGAUUUGGUUCAAAUCAAACAAUUGAAAAUCAAAACUGGAGUUGUUAAAAGAUUGAUCAAGGUUACUUUUGGGUUUUUGAUGAAUUUUUUAAAAAUUAAAUUUUUCAGGAAUAUCAAUCGUAUCAAAAACAAGUGCAAAAAGAUGAGGAGAAGGCGGCGAAAUUGAAAAAUGAGGCGACGAAUGAGGAUGAGGAAUAUGUUGCGAAAAAAGCGCAAGAUGUUGUGAGGGUUGGUGAAUUUUCUACCUUUCAACGCCGAAAAUGUAGUUAGGGCUGAUUCACGAACGAAAAAAAAUGUUUUUUUAACAUCGAAAGAACAAUUCACGAAAAUUCAGAAAGUGUUCGAGUUUUUCAGCCAGAAAUGAUGACAAAUCGAUAUUUUUUAAGCUUCUGGAGUAAUUUUUGAUUAAAAUUGACCUUGGAAUUCACUUUCCAAAAGGUUUUGCUGAUUUUUCGUGAAAUAAAAAUUUUUUAAAUUUUGAUGAAUUUCGAAAAAUUCAUAAAAUAACUCAGAGAAAGUAUGGCUUGAACGGCGCGGUCCGCGGACGAUUUUUCACCGAUUUUUGGGUGAAAAUCAUUACGCGGAUUCCGCGAAAAAAAUUUCGCGGACAGCGAAACUUCAGCCAAUGAGAGUCUAAUUUCGCGCAUUCCGCGAAAUUUUUUGACUUGGAAAUUUGAUUUUUUUGCGUUUUUCGCGGAUUCGCGGAUGGACUCGAGAGGAAGGGUAUAAAAAGGAUAAAUUGUAUCGCGUACGCGACAACGAGGAUAGCGCAGCAAGGAAGAUGGAUGACUACAAAACGACAGGAUUGGGAUCGAGGCCGGGUUGGAACUACGAGUCAAUACUAACUUCUGAUAAUUAUCAGGGGUAGUGAAGCAUUUUUAUAUUUCGAGAGUGCAUUGCGCGGACAUUUCGCUAACAGCGGAGUAUAAUUUCGCGGACGUUUCGCUAAAGUUCUUGUGUCAGCCGCGGAUUGGCAGAUUUCUGGGUUUCGCGAACCGCGCCGUUCAAGCCAUACUUUCUCUGAGAAAGCAAAAUAGGGUUCUCGAAGCUUAUUUUCAUCGGAAAUUCCUCCAGAAGCUUGCAAAAUAUCGAUUUGUCAUCAUUUUUGGCUGAAAAACUCGAAAAACUAAUUUUGACCUACAAUGUUUUCUCGACUUUUCGUGAAUUGAUCUUUCAAUGUUAAAAAAAACAUUUUUUCGUUCGUGAAAAAAAGUUGCGAUUUCAACCGAAAUCCGGACUUUUCAGAGACAAUAUUUUUGAAUUGCUGAACCACAAAAAUUGUCUUUGAUAUCAUAACUAACUGUUUUUUCAAAAAAAAGUAUUUUUCCAAAUAAAAUUGUUUGCAGGAAACAAUUUCAAUGGUUCGCGACACCCAAGGUCGUCUUUCAAAAGCCGUUCAAGAUCUUCAAACUCUUCUCUCAUCCGUCGAAUUCUCCGAAGAAUCUGCUGAAUUGAAAGAGGCUAAGGAGUAUUUGGAAAAUGCUUCCACUGUUAUCGCAUAA